AUGCCAUUUUGGCCAUCAAGGAGAAGGAAUCCACCCUCCCGUUCUGAGCCUUGUCAAUUCUCAGAUUGGGAUACCUGCUUCUACUGCGGUUCAGGUCCCGAAAACUUAUUCAACCCACGUCAAGAGGGUGGAGCCAUUACUGUAGAUUGCUCGACCUGUCGUAAACGUACCACUGUCUACAAUGUCCCACAGGAGACCAGACGCGAACCUGAUACGACUUUACCCUCUGAUGCUAGCAACCUCAAGGAUCAGACGAGCAUUCAGUCCAAGCUCAAGGUGAACAACAACAAUAACCUGUUGGUUACUCAGAACAAUGGAGUGGAGACUCUCAACGAUACUUUGCGGUUCCACAAUAAUACGGCCCAGUCUCGAGGGAAGAUGUUGGAACAUGAUUUAGCACUAAGGACAUUCGACGAGGCCGCUCGAAACCAAGAUGCGUGGGGUGUCCAACUUUCCGAAGCACGUCCCACCACUUUGUUACCUGCCUAUCGACCCGAAGAUGAAAAUACCCAUCGACAACUUGAUCCUACACAAAACUUACAAAACACCCAACAACGACAAGAUGCUCGGGCGUAUGACGACCGAUUCGGUGGGUAG